GCUGGAAAUGACGACAAUAAGGUACAGCAACGAGCACUUCUACUUCAUUGUGCUGGAUCGGAUGUCCAGGUCAUUUUCGAUGUUUUGCCUGAGACGGGGAACGCAAAAGAAUACGAGAAGGCCGAAGAAGCUUUAACCAGACAUUUUGUCACCCAAGUCAACGUUCCGUAUGAGCGACACAUGUUCAGAGAAUUGGCACAGAAUGAAAACGAAACGAUUGAUCAGUUUGCUGUACGCUUGCGACGUAAAGCUCAGCAGUGUGAUUAUGGAGAUCAGCUGGAGUCUCAGAUCAGGGAUCAAAUUAUUUCCAGAUGUCGGUCGAGUGAUCUGCGCAGGAAGUUUCUGGAGAAUGGUCAGACGCUUAUCCUUAAACAAUUACAAAAAAUAGCAAGAACGUCUGAAGCUGCGAAACAGGGGUGGAAAAUUUUUUUUUCUUUCUGGGAACCUGGGUCGAAGGCUAGAAAUUUUCUGUAAAAUUUGUAAUGUUACAAUUACAAAAAUUUGUAAUGUUACAAUUACAUAAUUAUUGUAUUAUUUGUACUUUAAUAAUGGGCUUUAGGCUGGUUUUCGUACGCUUGUACUUCACAAUAGUUGUCUGUUAUAUACCACAGUUAUGAGUUAUGACCAACUAGUAAGGAUCUUGAUUUUUUCUGUGUUGGUGUUAUGUACUAAGGUGAAUAUGAUGUUUGUGAUGUUACUCUGAGUGUAUAUCCACACCGGGCAAAGUUGAAAAAUAUGCCUGGCCACGAUGGGAAUCGAACCUACGACAUUUGGAUUACUAGCCCAAUGUUCUGCCAACUGAGCUACGCGGUCAGGUCGGUUCGAGUAUGUGAUAUUUCGGACCUGAGUUUAGUUCCUUCAACAUCAAUGUAAUCUAGUAUUCCAAAGGUCGUAUAGGUUCGAUUUCCACCGUGGCCAAGCAUAUUUUUCAAGCUUGCCCUGUGUGGAUGCACACUCAGAGUAACAUCACAAACAUCAUAUUCACCUGAAAGAACUAAACUCAGUUCCGAAAUAUCACAUACUCGAACCGACCUGACCGCGUAGCUCAGCUGGCAGAGCAUUGGGCUAGUAUUCCACAGGUCGUAGGUUCGAUUCCCACCGUGGCCAGGAAUAUUUUUCAAGCUUGGCCGGUGUGGAUACACACUCAGAAUAACAUCACAAACAUCAUAGUAAGGAUCUAACGCUUAACUAAGUGUCCUAUCAUCUUAUUUAUUCCAUCACUUUUAUUUGUUUACUAUUUAAUUUGCAUUUUAUUGGAGACUUUGCAGAGCAUAUAUUUACCAUUUUACCAGUCAUUGUGAUGGCAGGGGUGGGUAAAAUAAUUAAUUUCUGUCAAAUAUUUAAAAGUUGCUGAUGUUAGCGUGUACAAUGUAAAUAAAGUAGAAUAGUUGUAACUUGAGUAAACAGAGUUAUCUCAAAAAUUUGAAAUAUUUUCAGGAAAAUUUUCUGCAAAACUCUCAACUCAAAAAAAAAUUCUGGGAACUAGGUUCCCAGGUUCCGAUACUUUUUCCACCCCAGCUACGAAAAGACAAGCAAAGAGUAUGAGUGUUCAUAAUGAUGGAGUGAACCGAGUUUCUGAAAGGCCUGGUCGACAAGACAGACGUGAAAGUAAAGGUGAGAAAGGUGGAAAAGUUAAGAAGAGUGGUGAAUGUUUUCGAUGCGGAAAACCAGGACAUUUUGCCAGAGAUCCCAGAUGCCCUGCGAAAGGAAAGGUUCCAAGUGCCACCAGAAAGGUUAUUUUGCUGUGGUAUGCAAAACCAAAAGUAUAGAUCACGGCAAACCAAGAAUGAGUUUUGUCGAUGAAGAAGAUGAAUAUGCCUUUACUGUUAAACAAACAUUGGACACGGGGAAAGUGACAGUGUCUGUUGGAGGUGUUCCAUUGGAGAUGGUCAUUGAUUCCGGAGCGAGUACGAAUGUCAUUGACAAACAUCUGUGAGAAGAUUUAAAGAAAAAACAUAUUAAAUGCACUUCGAGAAAAACCACAAAGAAACUGUAUGCCUAUGGAUCAACAACUCCCCUUAUAGUAACAGGAACAUUCACAGCAGAUGUAAAUGUAGCUGAUAGACACGAGACAACAGAAUUCACAGUUAUCGAAGGAAAGGGGGAGCCGUUGUUGGGACGAAAGACAGCAACCGAGCUUGGAGUCCUAAAGUUACAAAUUCCAGAACAGUUUGUGAACAGUGUGACUGAUCGUGUUGCGAGACAUAAAGUUUUGUUCCAAGAUAUUGGGAAACUGAAAGAGUAUCAAAUGAAGCUGCAUAUUGAUCCGCAGGUUCGACCAGUUGCACAGUCUGUUAGGCGGACUGCAUUCAGCUUGAGAGGAAAGAUCGAGGAAAAACUUGACAAGUUACUUCGUGAAGACAUUAUCGAGAAAGUUGAUGGGCCGACCCCGUGGGUGAAUCCAGUUGUGGUGGUGCCAAAGGCGAAUGGUGAGGUCAGGUUAUGUGUGGAUAUGCGAUGUGCCAACACAGCGAUUAUAAGGGAGAGACUUCCGAUUCCAACUAUUGAUGCAAUACUCCAAGAUAUGCAAGAGGGAUGUGUUUUCAGCAAGCUAGAUCUCAAGUGGGGGUACCACCAGAUAGAAUUAAGUGAAGAAUCCAGAAGCAUCACAACUUUCGUGACGCACAAGGGUUUGUUGAGAUACAAGAGGUUGAUGUUCGGUAUAAGUUCCGCGCCAGAGAAGUAUCAGCAGGUGAUUCAACAAGUGUUGCAGGAUUGCAGUGGGACAGCCAACAUCUCGGACGACAUUAUCAUUUAUGGUUUUGAUCAAGCUGAACAUGACAAGCGACUAGAAAAAGUGCUGACAAGGCUCGAGGAAAGAGGGUUAACUCUAAGGGAAAUGCGUUUUCGAUAUGCCGAAGCUUACUUUCAUGGGCUUACUCCUGUCAAACCGUGGUAUUGGUCCUACAGAAGAAAAGGUUAGAGCGGUCGUGGAAGCUCGAGAGUCGCAGAAUGUAACAGAAGUGAAGAGUUUCUUGGGCUUGGUGAAUUUCAAUGCAAGAUUUAUUCCAAAUCUCGCAACUGUUGCAUAGCCAAUGAGACGAUUGACGAAGCGAGGAGUACCAUUUUUUUGGUCCUGAGCAGCAAGAAUCGUUUAGAGAACUGAAACGUAGACUUGUACAAGCGGAAACCUUGAGUUAUUUCAAUCGAGAGGCGAAGACCAAGAUUGUUUGUGACGCAAGUCCAGUUGGGCUAGGGGCAAUUGUACUACAAGAGCACAAAGGAGAGGAUCGAGUCAUUUGUUAUGCCAGCAGAGGUCUUACCGAGGUCGAAAGACGAUACUCGCAGACUGAAAAGGAUGCGUUAGCAGUAGUGUGGUCAUGCGAAAAGUUCCACAUCUACUUGUACGGAAGACAGUUUGAACUGUGGACUGACCAUAAACCUUUAGAACGUAUCUAUUCAGCUCGUUCUAGACCAUCAGCGAGGAUUGAGAGAUGGGUUUUGAGACUGCAACCGUAUUCGUUUACAGUGAAGUACCUGCCGGGGCAUUUAAAUGUUGCAGAUUCGUUGUCACGUUUGACAAGGAUCGGAGAGAUGAAGUCCAGAAGUAUAGCUGAAGAUUAUGUCAGUUUUGUUGCAAAGACAGCAAUUCCAAGAGCCAUGAAUUCCAGAGAAAUUGAAGAAGCAUCUUCGUGCGAUGAAGAAUUAAUGACUGUUCGUCAAUGUAAAUGUUCGAAAUUGGGACAGUCCCAAUAAUCUCCCGACGGCAAUGGACCCAUGGAGUCGAUAGCGAUAUCUUGCCAUGGCCCCCCGGGUAAUUCUGUCAUUCGCAAUGGCUCUGGAUUAAUAGGUCUACUCACAACUUGGAAUCCAUGACACGUUUUUCAGAACUUUUCCGCUUCUUGGUCAAUGCCCGGCCACCAGACUAUCGUACGCAGUCGUUGUUUCAUCUUGAGAAUCCCUUGGUGGCCCUCCUGGCCUAAUUCAAUCACUUUAGGUUGGAGUUUCUGUGGUAUGACCAGCCGUGUACCUCUCAAGACAAUCUUUCCAACAAUACAAAGUUCAUCACGAACUGACUUGUAACUGGCGUCAGUUCGUGAUGAACUUUGUAUUGUUGGAAAGAUUGUCUUGAGAGGUACACGGAUGGUUAUACCACAGAAACUCCGACCAAUAGUGAUUGAAUUAGGCUACGAGGGCCACCAAGGGAUUCUCAAGAUGAAACAACGACUGCGUACGAAAGUCUGGUGGCCGGGGAUUGACCAAGAAGCGGAAAAGUUCUGCAAAACGUGUCAUGGAUGUCAAGUUGUGAGUAAACCUAUUAAUCCAGAGCCAUUGCGAAUGACAGAAUUACCCGGGGGGCCAUGGCAAGAUAUCGCUAUCGACUUCAUGUGUCCAUUGCCGUUGGGAGAUUAUGUUUUUGCUGCAACCGAUUACUACAGUCGAUACGUAGAGGUGACUAUUGCGAAGAGAAAUACGACUGAAGUUGCGAUUAAAAGUUUGGAAAACAUGUUUGCAACCCAUGGACUACCGUGGACAGUGACAAGUGAUAAUGGUCCUCAUUUGGUUGCAGAGACGUUCGAAUCAUUCCUGCAAGAAAACGGAAUUGAACACCGGAAGACAACGCGCGCCGUUGUGGCCCCAAGCAAAUGGUGAGAUUGAACGCCAGAACAGAUCUCUACUCAAGAGGAUGCAAAUAUAUAGCAAGAGUGGAAGGACAAGACUGGAGGAAAGCAGUGCAAACGUAUUUGAUUGCAUAUCGAAAUACACCUCAUCCAACGACAGGGAUGUGUCCUGCUGAAUUGAUGUUCAGAAGAAAAUUGAGAACUAAACUUCCAGAGCUGAGAGAAAAUGCUAGAUUGGAUGAAGAAAUGCGAGACAAAGACAGAGAGGAGAAGGAGAAAAUGAAAGGUUAUGCUGACAAAAGAAGGAAUGCCAAGGAGAGCAAUUUAUCUGAAGGAGACAAAGUGUUGGUGAGACAGCAGCGCAUCAACAAGUGGACAACACCGUUUGAAAGUCAACCGUAUCAAGUGAUUGAUAAACACGGAAACAGUGUAUUGGUCGAGUCACCCGAAGGUGUUCAGUAUAAAAGAAACACUACUCAUGUUAAGCCGUUCCAGGAAGGAGAAAGUGGUUCAGAGGAAAUCGAAAUGUCAGCGACAGUACCUGAAAUACCUCCAGAAGAAAGUGUUUUACAGCAAGCGGAGGGAGAAACAUCAUCUGCAGGGGAAACAUCAUCGCAAGGUGAUCGUGAUGGACCUGUGCGUACCAGACGUGCACCAAAAAGAUAUGGAGAUUAUGUUAUGAAAUAAACAUUUAGAUUACAAAAGUCGAACGUUUGGCAAACAUUUUGUAUUUAGAACGUUUAACUUAAAUUUAGAAACAUUAUAGGUAGUAUUUAGUAUAUUAUAGUGAACUUUUAAAAAACUCUUAAAAACAUUGAAAAAAGAAAGGGAUGUAGGAAAUUUAGCAUAUAUUAUAUUAUGGAAUGUUGUGGAAGCACCAUGUGGAAGCACCAUGUAAAUAUAAGUAAUGGCAGGCAGCCAUUGUGUAUUCUAAAAUAUAUACUUGGUUAGUGUGGUUGUAAUCAGUGGUCUUGUGGUUCAAUCCGUAUUUGUUAGAUUCUACACAGUAGGGCCUAUAUCCAUACUAUUUCGAUACUAAAUCCAUAGUAUGGAAAUAUACAAUUAUUAUGGAUAAUCAAAAUGACAGUUGGUGGAAGAGCAGGUAAUUGACUCGCCAAUUCACAAAAUAUACGAGCUUCAGUAGAAAGGUAAUCUGAUUCUGCCAUUUUCUCUACAGUUUAAUUAAAGCAAAGCAUGGUUUUUGCCGAAAUGGCGGCCAUCUUGGUUUGAUAUAUGUAUGCCCGGGGACCUGCUGAACUCGUCACCAGACCUCUGCAUAAAAAGUCGCCAUUUUCUAAAACAAUGCCUCCAUCUUCAAAAAUAAUGACUGCGUUUUCAAUGAUAAUGCUUCCAUUUUAUAAAAAAUUAAUGCCUCCAUUUUAAAAAGUAAUGCUUCCAUUUUCGAAAAUAAUGCCUCGAUUUUCAAAAAUAAGCACUCAGAAUUUUGGCGGUAAGGGCAUGUCAUACAAUUUGGAAAAAAGUUCAAAAGUGACUGCUUCAAAAACGAUCAGAAAUUCUACAAGUCCAAAGGACGAGUGCAAUUUGAAGUCUUUUAACUACUAUUACUAUUUAACUUAGUCUAUUUAACUACUACUACUAUUCGUUUGUUUUUCCAAAUUGCACAAGAAACCGCCAUAUACUAUUACUCAUUAAUAAUGUACAUGAAAAAAAUAUACACUCCGGCCGCGAACAAAUUCAUGGUCACGUGCAUGCAUGAAACAAAUGGGAAAUAAAUAAAUAAAUUUAUCGCCACUCAUUUGAACGCAAAUUAAAUCAAAAUGUCUUGUGACUUUUGUUUUGGCGCUUGCCACGUAUUUCCUUUUUUGCCAAUGUAUUUCGAUAAAAUUGCACCGUUUCCUCUUAGCCAGUCAGUAUCGAGACAUGUUUACAUGUGUUUUAAUAUUCCUGCAAAGCCAUUUUGAGGUGUUGAUAAUAAAUCCAUGUGAUGUUGAACAAAUAGAUUGUUUUAUAUAGUAAAUAUGUUGAAAACGUUUUGGGCUUUGAAGCACGAAGGAAAGAGAUUUUACAUUGGUUUGUAACGCUCCUGGGGAAACUCAGUGAUUAUUGGGUUGAGGAUAUAACACUAUAGCUAGCUGAAAUAAGUGGAGUCACCUGUGAGUCCGUCUUCCGGCUAUAACAGAUAGCUUGUGACUCUUAACCAAUGAAAAGGCAGAAUGAACUCAUAAUAUUAUACAAAUGUACUUCACGAUUAGAUGAAGGAAAAAUAAAAAUAACAACCUGAAAUGAACAAUGUUGUGUAAGCAUCUUCUCGUAUGUUACCUUCGUGCUCAAUAUGCAAAGAAAAAUUCUUCUUAUGAGAAAAUUGCUUCACCUCUAUGAGCGUGAACGCGAAUUCUUUCUUUGAAAUAUCACCAAUCCAACUUGCAGUUGUUGCAUAUUUUUCUAUAACUGUCGGAAGUGGUUCUGGUUUACCACUGAGGCCGAACGCAUAAAAUAUCAGUGUUUUUGAAUUAGAACCCUCCAAGACAUUAAACUGAGUUAGAAGAGAUGUCUUGUUUCCAGUGUACAGCCAGCGAAAUGUAACAUUAUCACCAACCAGUACAGUCUGUGGUUCUAUUUCUUGGAACUGGAUAUCAACAGCUUCUACAUAUAAACAAUGAAAAUGAUGUAAAAUAUGGAUAUUAUCAAAGGUAUGGAAGCGAUGCUUUAACAAUAUCAUGUGAAAAAUACACGCGCACAGAAAUAUGUGUGUCAUUUUCAUUGACAUAUACAUGAGGGUUACGAGGUUUUAUUUAGUUAGUAGUGAAUCGUUACAUCAAUUGUAAUUAUCUAUUUAUCUACACUAUUGUCUUAAUGUAGAAAAAUUUUGAUGCAAGAUGGCGGUCAGUUCUAAUUAUGUUAGCUCUACAAAAAGCGUUAAUAUUUAUUCAAUUAAAACAGUGGGAUGUCAAAGAAAUUCAAGAACAUCCAACCUGUAUAAACUUGAGCUACGAUGGUUCACGUAUUAGAUAGAGUGGGAGCUUUGAUAUGCUAAAAGAAUUUGUCGAAAGCGCUAUCAAGUUACAAGGGAAAUGGUCUUCGCCGGGUAAAAAUUCGAAGAAGUUUACUUGCUGCAGUAAUGAUAUAACAAUUACUUGGUAUGCCAAGAAACAAAACACACUUAUUUUACAUGGAAAUACAAGUUUGGUACUGAUUGAUAUGCUGAUCAAAGUCUGUAAUACCUUGUUAACAUCUUGCGAUUCCACAAUACCUCAUUUGAUAACCAAAAAAAAACAACAACAAGUUGGAAAGUAGCCUAGUCGAAUCAAGAAAUGAUGCAAACACCAAUGAUAUACCUGCGAACUCAGCUGCUGUUAAAGUUUCCGCAGAAAUGCAUGAACAUGUACCCGAAAAUGAUAUUCAAGCUAAGAGAUAUGAUGAAGAAAGAUCGACCCCAUCUUUGUGCGAAUAUUUACGCAAACCUGAUUGCGGUUGUCAAUGCGCUGUGUGCCAAUGGCUGCUGAACUUGAAGGGGUCAAGCUUGACAUGCUUAUUAUGAAUAAUAAUAUGGAGUCAAAAAUAUCUGCAGCUAUCAAUGUACGGGAGAAUGAUGAAAUAAUCCAACUUAAAAAAGAUCUUUUUAACGAAAGGAGAAAAUGUAAGCAACUCGAAAGUGAUUUAGCUAUUUUAGCCAGGGGAAGAAAUCAGGAGAUAAAUGAGUUGAAUAAUACUAUUGUUUGCCUUGAAAAUAAACUCAAGUCAACUGAAGCGAGUAAUGAAUCUUUAAGUGAAACAAUAAUGCGCAUAAAUUCAAUUAAACUAUUGAAAUCAAAACAAUGCGGAAUGCUUCCAUUCCUGAAUCGGACCAAAGAAUGUGAUCAAAUCAAUAACGACCGUAUCGAGGUGGAAACACCGGUACGUGAUAAUAUGAAGGAUGUAUGUCUAAAACCGAAUGACAUAAACCCGAGAAUAGUAAUGAGGAAAACGAGAGGGUAGUCAGCCUAUGGCAGCUAAUGUACAAGCUAGCCAAGAGGUAAAUACUAAUUUGAACGCCUCGUUGCAGUUGGAAAAAAGUCCUAAAGGAGAGAUUUCUAAAGUUUAUAGUAGUGACCAGUUUAUUCAUAACCCAAGUGGCCCUAAUCCAUCCGAAGGUCAGAAUGUCAAAUCUCAUAGGAAUAGUAUUUUACCCAACCCGCGAUCUUUACGACAAGAUACAACCUGGAUUAACUCCUUACCCUUGAUUGAUACGUCUUGUACGCGUACUUCCAGUCGCACACAAACUCGUAGUCGCUCCAACAGAACUUAUUCUAGUAAAACUACUAGCUGCAAUAAACCUAAUCAGUAUCAAGCUGCACGGCAACAACCAUCACAAAACCGUACUCGGAGUUUUCAACUACAUUUCCCCAAGCACAAUCGUCUCAAACAUUCAGUAAAUCAGAAUUUUCUCGUUCCCGAAUGAAAGAAUGGUCAGUCUAUCUCGAAUUCAUGCGUCAAGUAAUGAAGAACAAAUAACCUCCCGAAGUCACACAUAGAACGAACAUCUCCGUCCAUAUUACAGACCGUUCUAUAGAUCGUUUAAACAGCACAAAAAGCGCAAGAAUUGCUAUUUUCCCUCCUCCAACCUAAACCAUAUCACAACUUUAAACCAUGCUAAUAAGGUUAACAAAGAAACGAUACUCCCAUGUUUCUUUUUACUUAAUUCCCGCUCACUCCUUCCAAAGCUGGACGAAUUGACAGCACUACUAAGUUUCAAGCCCAUUGACAUUAUCGCAAUAACUGAAUCAUGGUUACAUGAACACAUAGACAGCAGCUUAUUGUCAAUUAACGAUUACAAUUUAUUUCGUAAAGAUCGCGCAAUUGGUCGAGGUGGCGGAGUUUGUGCUUAUAUUAAAAAAGACAUCCCCUGUAUACGACGGGUAGACCUAGAAAGUGGUAUCGUUAUUUGUGUCCUGUAUCACCCACCUGGUCUGACAAUAUCGGAACACAACGAUCUUAAUGAAUAUUUAAUUAACACUAUUGACCUACUUCGAAAUAACCACCCUGACCUUGGUCUAGUAAUUAUGGGCGACUUUAAUGAUCUUGAAAUUCGCACUUUGACCACCAGUCAAAAUCUUAAACAGGUUGUUGACCAACCCACUAGAGAAACAGCAAUACUCGAUCUUAUUCUUACAAACCUGCAUAAUUUAUAUGACCGCCCUAAUGUCCUUCUUCAUUGGGAUCCAGUGACCAUAAUAUUGUACACUGGCUACCAUCCGUCGAUAAGAAAAAUCUGGCAGAAAAAUCUGGAAAGAACUGCUCCUUCUCGCUUGAACAUAGUGGAAGAACCCUGGAUCAAUCAGAAUUAGUUACAGCUUUGAAUGUGUUCUAUGCAUCGGUGAAUAGUGACAUUCUACCACUUAAUUUAGUGGCACUCCCUGCAUUUCUUCCGGCCAAAGAACCUGCUCCAACAGUUCAACCACAUGAAUUAACAUUUUAAGGCCCACGGCCCAGAUAACGACCCCUGUCGUAUCCUGAAAGAGUUUGCCUAUGAAUUAGUCAAACCUGUUGCAACCAUCUUCAACGCAUCACUUUCAUCUGGGAUCGUCCCUGCUAUAUGGAAAGACUCAGACAUCAUACCAGUUCAAAAGGCACAACCUCCUAUCUGUGAAGGUGACACCAGACCCAUUUCACUGACACCCUGCUUGGCUAAGGUUCUUGAAGAUUUCGUGGUCGGGUGGAUGAUAACCGAUAUUAAAGACAAGAUCGACCCCAAGCAGUUUGGAUGCUUGAAAGGAACAUCCACAACUUAUUGUCUUUUAGACAUGAUCCACACUUGGUUGUGCAACUUAGAGUGUCCUGAAAAACAUCUUAGACUUUGUUUCCUUGACUUCGAAAAGGCGUUUGACCGUAUAGGACAUAAUUUAUUAAUAUUAAAGCUGUUGGACCUAGGUGUUAGAUCGUCCCUGUUGCCUUGGAUUAUCAACUUCCUAACUAACCGCCGUCAUCGGGUCAAACUUGGAGGAAAAACGUCAGACUGGUUGCCAAUGAAUGCGGGUGUCCCCCAGGGAACUAAACUCGGUCCAAUUCUGUUUUUGGCGAUGAUAAAUGAUCUCGAUGUGAAACCACACGCAACGGAUAUUUGGAAAUUUGUGGAUGACAUAUCAACAUCUGAAAAUAUCACAAAGGGCAGCAAUUCAAAGUUUCAGUUCUGUAUUGAUACUAUAAAUUCUUGGGCUUCGUGCAACCUUAUGAAACUUAACCCCAAAAAGUGCAAAGAACUACGCGUUUGCUUUCUGCGGGAAUCACCUGAUCUAUCACCAUUGUUGAUCGACGGUCAUGCGCUUGAGGUUGUGCGGUCUCAUAAAGUCCUAGGUCUGGUUAUCCAAAACGAUCUUAAAUGGAAUGCACACAUAGAAUCAGUUGUAUCCAAGGCUUCUAAACGUUUAUAUAUCAUCCGCAUAUUACGACGAGGUGGUGUCCCUGCGGAAGACUUAUUGAGUAUAUACUUUGCCUUAAUACGAUCGGUUCUGGAGUACUGUUGUGUGGUAUGGCAUCAUGCCCUACCUUUGUACCUUGCCGAUGAUUUAGAGCGAGUGCAAAAACGAGCGCUGAGGAUCAUUUUACCGGGUUACUCUUAUAGGGAAGCAUUAGCACAACUUGGGUGUUCCAGAUUGGAUGAAAGGCGAGAACGACAUUGCCUCAAUACUAUGAAACGCAUAGAAAUUGAAGGACCACUGUCAAAAUAUGUUCCAUUGUCUAGGGCUAGUUCAAAUGAUUAUGAACUUAGAAACUCUAACACAUUAACAACAAUAAAAUGCCGAACAGAAAGAUAUCGCCGUAGCUUUUUCCCAGUACAGUAGCUCUAUAUAAUAGUUAUAGUAAAGAAACUUAAGCGUGAUACUUAAUUACGAUGAUUUUAAUGCAAUUCAAUAAGAUUUUUAGACUUGAUGCAUGCAACUAAAUUUUUAUAUAUGUAAAUAUAUAGCGUACCAAUUUUGUAAACGCACCAUAAUUCAAUCUAUUGCGAAGGUGUGUAUCUUAAACCAUUAAUAAUAAUAAUAAUAAUAAUAAUAAUAUAUAUAUAUAUAUAUAUAUAUAUAUAUAUAUAUAUAUAUAUAUAUAUAUAUAUAUAUAUAUAUAUAUAUAUACAGGGUGUAUAAAAAAAAACUGAACAGAUUUGAAAUUGCUCUCAAUUUCGCAAAACACCUAUUUGUAUCUGUUUUUAUAUAUAUAGCUUCUUUGGGUACUUAUAAUGUAAAAUAAUGAAAAAAAUUUCCCGAACUCAAAUUUUGUGAACCAGGGGGGGGGGGGGUCUUUUCCAACAAACUAAAAAUGGCUCGCGCACAAAAUUUAAAAGCUGUAAUAAUAUUUUGAGUUGAUAUAUUGAAAAUUUGUCGGGUUUUUAAUUACUGUACAAAAUUUCAGACAAUUUGGUUUAGUUUAAGCCCUUUAACUAUUCAUUUUGUUCUAAAAAGUCAGCCUUUCGCAUGCUUAAUUAAUGCGUUUACCUAAUUUGCAUAUUGCUGACAUAUGCAAAUUAGGCAAAUGCAUUAAUUAAGCAUGCAAAUAGCUGAUUUUUCGGGAAAAUUGUAACUUUGCGUAAAUAGUUAAGGGGCUUAAACUAAACCAAAUUGUCUGAAAUUUUGUACAGUAAUUAAACUCCCGACAAAUUUUCCAUCUGUUAACUCAAAAUAUGAUUGCAGGUUUUAAAUUUUGUGCGCGAGCCACUUUUAGUUUGUUGGAAAAGACACACCCCCCUGGUUCGCAAAAUUUGAGUUCGAGAAAUUUUUUUCAUUAUUUUACAUUAUAAGUACCCAAAGAAGCUAUAUAUAUAAAAAACCAGCUACAAAUAGCUGUUUUGCGAAAUUGAGAGCAAUUUUAAAUCUGUUCAGUUUUUUUUGAUACACCCUGUACACAGGGUGUAUAAAAAAAAGCAACAUCGGAAUUUCCUAAGAAAUCACUUUGCAAUUCUUAAGCAUAAAAGAUUUUAGGCCCCUGGGAAUUGAAAUCGAAUUGCUAAAUAGAUCAUAUUACUGUUGUUGUGCAUUAAAUAAAUGCAUAAAUUUUGCUUUAUGCACUCGCGUGUGCAGUAAUUUUGACAGUUAUGCUAUUUUAAAUUCCCAGGCGCCUAAAAUCUUUUGUCUUUAAAACAAUGUCGAUUUCUUGGGAAAUUCCGAGAUUGCGCUUUUUUUGAUAUACCCUGUACAUUGAUUUGAAACACAGAGUGUCAGAGUUAAGCCUGUUUUCCACUAGGCGGAAUUUUGCGCGCGAAGCGGAAUUUUUCUUUGUCUUGUGAUUUCUCGGGUGGAACUAAUUAGAAAAGACAAAGAAUAAUUCCGCUCCGCGCGCAAAAUCCGCCUAGUGGAAAACAGGCUUUAAAUGUCAAAAUACCGCGUGCCGAUACAGCCAAUAUCAACUAUGGUCUGGAUGGAUUAACUAUUGCGCGUAGAGUUAAUUUCGGUUAAAGGUGCUGUAAAGUCCGUUAACCGUUCUGCGCAUCAGUUCUGCUCAUAACAAAAGGGGACCUACAGAUAUAAACAUUGCCCAAAUUUUGCUUGCAUCUUUCUAACUUUUUUGAAUUGAAACGUAGAGUUUAUAUUCAUUUACAAGCAUAGCGAACCACAAACGUGCAUGUUAGAUAUUCAGCGGUUACUCAUAUUUUACAAAUAUAGCAGUUCAAAAUGUAAACAAAAUGUUUGUUUACGUUACGGACUUUACAGCAUCUUUAAAGUGCCUAUAUCAUGGUUUUGGAGUUUGCAUAUCUCGAAGGUUUAGGGCAUUUUAAGGCACUUUGUAUCAUUGCAACAAAAUUGUCCUUUUGACGUCAUGGCCGGUAACUUUAAGAGCUAAUAAAUCCAUCAAGAUGAAAUUUUUCAAUAACAAAAUAUAUUGCAAAGUGUCUUUUUAAAAUACCCUAAACUUUCGAGAUAUGCAAACUCCAAAACCAUGAUAUAGGCACUUUAAAGGUUUACGUCUCGUAGGGCAACCUGUUUUGAAUUAGCUGUAUGCGUUUAUACAAGUCCAACCAGUAGAGCACCAAUUUUAAACAAGAAUAUGUUUAUAGUUUGAAAUCUGUAAACUUCCUUAAUUAAAGAAAGUACAUUUAUUACACCAAGGGGGGGGGGAUGAAGAUGUCUUGCAAAAAGCACAUAUUUUUACAGGGCCCCUGUUGUGGUUAUCGGUAAAUUUCGAUGCCCCCCCUCCAAGUUUUUAAAAUUUUCAAUGCCCCCCUCUAGAAUUCGGAAUCGAAGGAGUACAAUCCGGAAUUCUCUCCGGAUGUCUGAUAUACUCAAGUGCUUCUCCUCAACAAAACUACCGAUCUGCUGCUUCUUUCAUCUCACUAGCGCCAGAUGAAAUGGCACUGUCUUUAAAACAUUUUAAAUUUGCUCUAGGGGUGGAAUUAUCAACAGGUUGUUGUUGUCCAUCAUUCAGCGUAUUCGGAGUCUUGAACACGUUCAUGUAGUGGCCAGGAUUUCCUGGAUCAGGGUAAUGUGCUGGAACCUUACAGUAUGUUGCCCCCACCCAACGUAUCUCCCGGCAUCUGUUGCAAAUGUCUUUGCAUGCCUGUCAAAAAUGCAUGCAAAAGUGCCAGUAUGCUUCAAUUUCUUUAACUUCCAUCCCGUUUGUACGAAAUAUCCCAUAAACAUAGAACAUAUCAUUCUUGCAAAUUGUAUAUGCUUUUUUGCUUUUUGGCGCGUAAAUUACUUCACAAACCUGGCGCAAAAGAAUUUAAAAUAAGCUAUAGGUGAUUUCAUGUAUCCAUUUAGAAGAGCAGACAAAGGAUAUCUUAAAACUGAAAUCGGUUUCGAAUACAACCAUCAGGGACGUAGCAAAGCAUCUGACAUUUGGGGGGGGGGGUAUGUCAGAGGAUUAUACGUGUAAUAAUUAUAAUAAAGCUUUUUGUGAUUGAUUGGCACUCUUAUACUAAGUUUUGGGAGAAGAGAGGGGUCUGGGGGUCCUUCCCCAGAAAAUUUUUACAUUUUCGAAGCUCUAGGACUGAAUUUCUGGCGUUUUCUAAAGCAAAUUUCGCAAACAAAUUGCAUGUAAAUUGACUGUAUUUUACAAAAAUGGUUAUCAUUUCACAAAAAUAAUUACUUUAUUACGCAAAUUUUACCUGAAACUGAUGUAAAAAUUUUAACUUUAAUUUGCUGGGAUCAAACUUUUGAAAAGUUUAGAGCCCCACCCUUCAGUAUAUCAAGAACUUUCAGAGCCCCCCCCCCUUUAAUGCCAGAAAAUAUUUCAGAGCCCCCUUAACAUCUUCUUCCCCCUCGGCAUAAUAAAUGUACUUUCCCUUACAAUUACAAAUCAGUAGGUAUUAUAUCCCACGACAUGCAGACACACACUUAGUCUAGUCGGAACAAUGAGUUUUAGAUCAUUAACUGAAUUAAGACGAAAUACACGGCACUGUCACUGCAUGAUGACACUAUUUCCCAGAUCUAGACUUUAAGUGACACCAACUUACCGGGAUACCAACAGUUCUCUUCUCUACUUCAUCCGACAUUGUUUCACGAAGAACGUUACAGGCAACAAAAUGCUCUGUGAGAACCAACACGAAGCCAAACAACACAAAACUGAUAAAAGACAUAUUCGGUGAAACUUCUUCUGCUACGGUGAAUUUGCUGGAGAAAAUAAAGCACAAAAAUACACGUAACAUGUUUAUGAAAAAUGAAGAACGAUUAAUACAAUUAUUUAUUUGUCGUGUUUAUAUAAGGCCGCCUCACAUAUCGAUUUUGUCCACGAGAAACGUCAUAUGAUUGUUUGGGGGUGGGGGUGGGGGGUUGCAGCUGUGACGUUUCUCUGUAAAACAUCAUGGAAAAAUUCGAUAGUUUUUCCGGAAGCGUUAGUCCUUGUGUUGUGACCUCGAAAAGUGCCUAGAAAACGAUUUUAAUUAAGCAUUUCUUAGAUCUGAAAUAUUUUUACGGGAACUAACACUUUCGAACACGCUGAUCGAGUUCAUGCAAAUCCGAAAAGUUCCCACUCCCUACACCCGCAGUUUUCUCACAAACUCCGUAGACCCGCAGUUUUCUCGUAGGUCCCGCUGUGAUUUCAAGCGUGCGGGUUGUAAUUACAUUUAUUAUUGAAUCGGUCCCUGAUUAAGAUGAACAUAACUAAUCAAGAACUGUAGGGUCUUCGCUCGAAACGUCGAAAUUCUCCUUAUACUUUCAGGUAGUUGCAUCCUACCAACGAAAGUUUGAUAUACCUAUAAUCAAACAUCAUGCAGCAUAAGGAUUCCUUAUAGCCAACCAAUUAAUGUUACUUCCUCCAUCCUCAAUCGAGACUUAUCACCCAUCUGAAAACGGGGAUAACUUACACUAAAUAAGCGAAACAGAAAGGGGAUGGUCCCAAGAGAAACAAGAGAAUGAUUCGCAUCGGGAAAAGACCUCGAAACUGGACCUGGAAGUGCCGAACCCAGGUGGACAGAACAUGAAGCGGAACAAGCUUCGACAAAAGCAAAACCGACGACAAAUGGUAGAGAAGCAUGACUGGGACGCUCGAAGCAGCUAAACGCGAAUGCCUCGUUGCCAGCUCUUUAUUGUAUAUUCACAUUAUAUAUUCAUACUACAACGUGUUGUGCGUAACAGUGCGGGCGUAUCUUAAUUCACGGUUACUAACUUUUUAUUAACCGAGCGCGAGGUCUUUACACUGCGAGAAAUAUCGGACCGAGGUCUGAUAUUUCUUUGUAAAGACCGAUCGA